GGGCCGCGGGCACGAUGCCUGCUUUUCCGGAGGCGAAGGAGGCGAGAGGCGCUGUGGCCCUGGCCCUGGCCCUGGCCCUGGCGCUGCUGCUGCCCGCCGUGCCAGCCGGCGCCCAGCUCCGCCUGCAGCCGGGCAUGCCCCACGUAUGUGCCGAGCAGGAGCUGACCCUGGUGGGCCGCCACCAGCCCUGUGUGCGGGCCUUCAGCCGGACGGUGCCCGUGUGGAAGCCAGGCUGCGGGCACCAGGCGUGGUGCGUAAGCCAUGAGCGCAGAACCGUCUACUACACAGGCUACCGGCAAGUGUACACCAUGGAGGCCCAGACCGUGCUCAGGUGCUGCCCCGGGUGGAGCCAGCAGCCUGGUGACCAGGGCUGCCUCUCAGCUGAAUGCAGCGCUGGCCUCUGUUUUAACGGCGGCAGCUGCGUUCCCGGCUCAGCCCAGCUGUGCCACUGUCCCCAAGGCUUCCAGGGUCCCCGCUGUCAGUACGAUGUGGAUGAGUGCGCCACUGGCAACGGGGGCUGCGAGGGCCAGUGCUGCAACAGCGUGGGGGGCUUCCAUUGCCGCUGCCCCCCCGGCCGCCAGCUGCAGGGAGACGGCAGGACCUGCAGAGAUGUGGACGAGUGCCAGCUGCGCAACGGCGGCUGCCAUCACAGGUGUGUGAACACGCCGGGCUCCUACCUGUGCGAGUGCAGACCCGGCUUCCGGCUCCACGUGGAUGGCAGGACCUGCCUGGCCAUCAACUCCUGCUCCGUGGGCAACGGUGGCUGCCAGCACGACUGUGUCCAGCUCACGGUGACCCAGCACCGCUGCCGGUGCCGGCCCGAGUUCCAGCUCCAGGAGGACGGCAAGCGCUGUGUCCGCAGAAACCCGUGUGCAAAUCGGAACGGUGGCUGCAUGCACACGUGCCAGGUGCUCCGGGGCCUUGCCCACUGCGAGUGCCACACGGGGUACCGCCUGGCAGCGGACCGCAAGGCCUGUGAAGACGUGGAUGAAUGUGCCGCGGGGCUGGCCCAGUGCUCCCACGGCUGCCUCAACACCCGAGGGUCCUUUAAGUGUGUGUGCCACGCAGGCUACGAGCUGGGGGCCGAUGGUCGGCAGUGCUACCGAAUCGACAUGGAGAUUGUGAACAGCUGCGAGGCCAACAACGGCGGCUGCUCCCACGGCUGCAGCCACAGCAGCGCGGGGCCCCUGUGCACCUGCCCCCGCGGCUACGAGCUAGACAAGGACCAGAAGACCUGUAUCGAUGUCGACGACUGCGCCCACUCCCCAUGCUGCCAGCAGGUCUGCACCAACAGCCCAGGCGGCUACGAGUGCAGCUGCUACGCCGGCUACCGGCUCAGCCCCGACGGCUGCGGGUGCGAGGAUGUGGACGAGUGCUCGUCUGGCCGCGGUGGCUGUGAGCACCACUGCACCAACCUGGCCGGCUCCUUCCAGUGCUCGUGCGAGGCCGGCUUCCGGCUGGACGACGACCGUAGGGGCUGCACCCCCCUGGAGCUGCCCGUGGUGGACCUGGAUGGCCGGCUGCCCUUCGCGAGGCCCCUGCCCCACGUCUCGUUGCUGGAGGACACGCUGCCCCACCUCUUCCAAGACGACUCCGUGGGGGCCGAGGAGGCGGAGGCCCGGGGCGAGCACACACUAGAGGAAAAGUUUGUCUGCCUGGACGACGCCUUCGGCCCGGACUGCAGCCUGACCUGUGAGGACUGCAGGAAUGGAGGGACCUGCCUCCCGGGCCUGCCUGGCUGCGACUGUCCUGCGGGCUGGACUGGGCUCAUCUGCAAUGAGACGUGUCCUCCAGACACCUUUGGGAAGAAUUGCAGCUCCCCCUGCAGCUGUCAGAAUGGCGGGACCUGCGACCCCGUGGCUGGGGCCUGCCGCUGCCCCCCGGGUGUCAGUGGAGCCCACUGUGAGGACGGCUGCCCCAAGGGUUUCUACGGCAAGCAUUGCCGCAAGAAGUGCCACUGCGCCAACCGGGGCCGCUGCCACCGCCUCUAUGGGGCCUGCCUCUGCGACCCAGGGCUCUACGGCCGCUUUUGCCACCUGGCCUGCCCGCUGUGGGCCUUCGGGCCGGGCUGCUCCGAGGAGUGCCAGUGCGAGCAGCGGAACACCCAGGCCUGCGACCGGCGGGACGGCAGCUGCUCCUGCAAGGCGGGCUUCUGGGGUGCACAGUGCCAGCACGAGUGCGAGCCCGGCUUCUUUGGGCCGGGGUGCCGGCAGGCAUGUGCCUGUCCUCCGGGCAUGGCCUGUGACUCUGUCAGUGGCCAGUGUGGGAAGCAGUGUCCUGCCGGCUACCGCGGGGAGGACUGUGACCAAGAGUGCCCAGAGGGGACGUUUGGCGUGAACUGCUCAGGCUCCUGCUCCUGUCGGGGGGCCCCCUGCGACAGGGUCACGGGGCAGUGCCUGUGCCCACCUGGGCGGACGGGGGAUGACUGUGGGGCAGAUUGUCCCGAGGGCCACUGGGGGCUUGGCUGCCAGGAGAUCUGCCCGGCGUGUGAGCAUGGUGCCAUCUGUGAGCCCGAGACUGGAGCCUGCCAGUGCCGCCCUGGCUACACGGGCAUCCGCUGCCAGGAUGCGUGCCCAGCAGGCUGGUUUGGGCCUGGCUGCCACACGCGGUGCUCCUGUGCCAAUGAUGGGCACUGCCACCCUGUGACCGGACAUUGCAGCUGUGCCCCUGGGUGGACCGGCCUCAGCUGCCAGAGAGCCUGUGACAGCGGGCACUGGGGACCCGACUGCAGCCACGCCUGCAACUGCAGCGCCGGUCACGGGAGCUGUGAUGCCGUCACUGGCCUGUGUCUGUGCGAGGCCGGCUACGUGGGCCCCCGAUGUGAGCAGCGGUGUCCCCAGGGCCACUUUGGACCAGGCUGUGGGCGGCAGUGCCAGUGUGAGCAUGGUGGGGCCUGUGACCAUGUCAGUGGGGCCUGCACCUGCCCAGCCGGCUGGAGGGGAACCUUCUGUGAACGAGCCUGCCCGGCUGGCUUUUUUGGAGUGGACUGCCGUGAGGCCUGCAACUGCACCGCCGGGGCCACCUGCGACGCUGUGAGCGGCACCUGCCUCUGCCCUGCUGGCCGGCAGGGUCCCCGCUGCGCCCAGACCUGCCCAGCCCUCACCUAUGGGCACAACUGUAGCCAGGCCUGCUCCUGCUUCAACGGGGCCUCCUGUGACCCGGUCCAUGGGCAGUGCCGCUGUGGCCCUGGCUGGAUGGGCCCCAGCUGCCUGCAGGCCUGCCCCUCGGGCCUGUACGGCGAGAACUGCCAGCAGGCCUGCCUGUGCCGGAAUGGAGGCACCUGUGACCCCGUCUCCGGCCACUGCGCCUGCGUGGAGGGCUGGGCUGGCCCUGCCUGUGAGCAGGAGUGCCUCCCAGGGCGCCUCGGAGCCCGGUGCCCGCGCAGCUGUGGGUGUCGCCAUGGUGGCCGAUGUGACCCGCACACGGGCAGCUGCCUCUGCCCCGCCGGCUGGACGGGGGACGAGUGUCAGAGCUCCUGUGCCGAGGGCAGGUUCGGGGCUGACUGCGAGGAGCGCUGUGCCUGCCGGCGGGGGGCCACCUGCCACCACAUCACUGGGGCCUGCCUCUGCCCCCCGGGAUGGAGGGGCUCUCGGUGUGACAGUGCCUGCCCGCCUGGCUGGUUUGGAGAGGCCUGUGCCCUGCACUGCCAGUGCCCGCCUGAUGCUGCCUGCCACCACAUCACCGGGGAGUGUCGCUGUCCCCCAGGCAUGACCGGGCCUGGCUGUGAGCAGGCCUGCCCACCUGGCACCUUUGGGGAGAACUGUGGGCAGCAAUGCCAGUGUCCCGGCAAGAACCAGGCCUGCCACCCUGCCUCGGGGGCCUGCGUGUGCGCCGCUGGCUACCACGGCCCCGGCUGCCGGCAACGGUGCCCUCCUGGGCGCUUUGGGUCCGGCUGUGAGCAGCUGUGUGGAUGUCUCAAUGGGGGCUCGUGUGACGCAGCCACGGGCGCCUGCCACUGCCCCGUGGGCUUCCUCGGGACCGACUGCGGCCUCACCUGUCCACAGGGCCGCUUUGGCCCUGGCUGUGCCCACGUAUGCAGGUGUGGGCAGGGGGCAACCUGCGACCCUGUGACUGGCAGCUGCACCUGUCCCCCGGGGAGGACCGGCAUCUACUGUGAGCAUGACUGUCCCCCAAACCGGUUUGGAGCGAGCUGCGAGCACAAGUGCUCCUGCAGGAAUGGGGGCCGAUGCCACCUCGCCAACGGCAGCUGCUCCUGUGGCCUGGGCUGGAUGGGUCCGCACUGUGAGCUGGCCUGCCCCCCUGGGUACUACGGUGCCACCUGCCACCUGGAGUGCUCCUGCCUCAACAACGCCACCUGUGAGCCAGCCACAGGCACCUGCCGCUGCGGCCCUGGCUUCUAUGGCCAGGCCUGUGAGCAUCCAUGUCCCCCUGGCUUCCACGGGACUGGCUGCCAGGGUGUGUGUGAAUGUCAGCACGGAGCCCCCUGCCACCCUGUCAGCGGCCAGUGUCUCUGCCCUGCUGGCUUCCACGGCCAGUUCUGCGAGAAGGGGUGUGAGCCAGGCUUAUUCGGAGAGGGCUGCCGUCAGCGGUGUGACUGUGGGAGCGGGGUGACCUGUGACCCUGUCACCGGCCACUGCCUUUGUCCCCCAGGGCGCAUGGGGGCCACCUGUGACCUCGACUGCAGAGGGGGCUUCUUCGGGCCCGGCUGCGCCCUGCGCUGUGACUGCGGGGGUGGGGCCGACUGCGACCCUGUGAGCGGCCAGUGUCACUGUGUGGAUGGCUACGCAGGGCCCACGUGCCGACAAGGUGGGCCCUCCCAACACCCUGGGAUCCUGUCCCCAGCCCUGAGCCCAGCGCCCUCACACGCAGCCCCUCGCAGACCGGCGCCCGGGCUCCGCGGCAGGACGGAGGGGCGCUAGCUCAGGGGCAGCGCGGCCCGGGGCUUCGGUGGCCUCUCAGGAAGGACGCGGCGGGCCUGGCCUGCGGCCGCUCUUGUUUGCGAGGGCCGUGGACAGCCGUGCAGCCUCUCCGCAAGGACCGCCUGGCCUCCAGGGGGGAGGCUGCGCCUGGCCGGCUCCUGGGGCCC